AUGGCAGCCGUAGGAGUUGAGAUUUCCCCUCUUCCCAAGCCGUUUGAGAAAUCAGCUGUCGAUUUUGGAGCCGAACUUUCGGGGAUUGAUCUCGAACACAUCGAUGAUGAAAGUUUUCAAGUUAUCAGAGAAGCCCUCUAUAACAACAACGUUGUCCUGAUCAAAGGCCAGCACAACCUCUCACCAAAAGCCCAAUACGAACUCACCCGCCUAUUCGACCCUGAAGCAAGCACAUACAGCCAUGGUUCCCGCAUCGACAAACGCAGCGUCCUCCACAAGGAUCUAACCACCCUGCCAUCUCAGCCGCAAGUGCAAGUCAUCGGCCACGGCGCAGUAGUCGAGUUCGAAGGACUGGAGAAUCUCAAGCUCACACACCCUCACCACAAGACAUUUCAUAAGCAUCCUAUUCCGGAAGCUGAGGACUACGAUUAUACCCACUUUUACCGAUGGCACAUUGACUCGGCCAUGUACAACCUGGACCCGCCUCUCGUCACAUCACUCUUUGCUUGCAGGGUACCUAAGGGGCGGCGGCAGAUCUGUCGCUACGACGACGGGACUGGAGACGAGCUAGAAGUACCCUUGGGAACGACAGCUUUCAUCAGCGGAUACCGCAUGUUUGACUUACUAUCGGAGGAGGAUCAGGAGUUUGUUAAGACCAGCACGGUCGAGUACAGCCCACACCCGUACAUCUGGAUGAGCAGGGCGAAGGCGAGGUCAAAUGGCCUAGGUCUUUUUUCAGAAGGUCUAGAGAUAUCUGAAGAUCAGCUCCCAGAGAUUGAGGAGGAAAAGAUCAGGAGAUACCCUAUGGCAUGGAAGAAUCCGGUAACGGGAAAGUUUGCCAUGAUGGUGUACCCGACGCCGGCGCGCAGGAUCCAUCUUAAGGAUGGAACGGUAAUGGAGGACUUGAAAGAGGUCAGAGAGUUGAUUUACAGACUGCAACGACCAGCAAUCAGCCCGCAAUACGUGUAUCCUCAUGAUUGGGAGGAGGGUGACCUCGUUCUCUUCAACAACCAUGGCGUUAUGCACUCCAUUGUUGGGGCCUUCGCGGAGAACGAGGUUCGCCUAUUCAGGCAGUCCCAGCUCAUAGUCAUUGGUAUGCCCCUGUCAAGGGGCGAAUCCGAUCAGAAGAACGAAGCCCACUUCAUCCGAAUUUACUACUUCUUCUGA